GGGGCAGGGGGAGGCGGAGGGGGAAGCAGACUGUGGCGAGGGGACAUCUCUGCUGGGGGGAUGCAGAGAGACAGAGCACGUGUGGCCUCGGCACUCUAGACCCUGGCAGCCCCGAGGGCCGCCCGAGGUUCCAUCCGCGACAUCCCGCUGCCCCCUCGGGCGGCGCGGUCCCGCCGCUAGGGGGCGCACGGCCGCGGCAGGGGGUCUAGACCCCGGAGGGUCGGGUGGGAAGGUGCGAUGAAGUGAGCCCAAAGGAGAGGAUCCCGGGGCGCCGGCGAAGGGGGGGUAGGUACGCGAUGAUGGAUCCGCGGUGUUGGAGGGACGCUGGGGACGCUGCGCACCGGCACCCGCUCCCCGCUGAGCAGAACGCGCUCGACAAGCCUGCAGCGGUGAGGGGAAGAACGUGGUUCCAAGAGCACCGCUGCCCGAGGUCCAGCCGGAGCCUUGCUUCUGGGUGGGCUAGUUCCCCCUCCGCGCGUGGACGCGGCCCUGUGCCUGUGCGCGGACGGGGGACCCGCGCAGGUCACAAGCUUGGGACCCAUAGGUAGAAAAAGCCAAUGCCGUGUGGCGUCGGCGCGCAGGUCUCAACCGAGUGGCCCCGCAAGAAGGCUCAGCCUUCUGUGCUCCGUCCGCGACCGGGACGUGGGGCUCCCGGCCAAGAAGGGCGCGGAAAUGCGCACGUCCGGGAACGCGGCCCGCAGUCCCCCAGCCCCAGAGCCCCAGACGGGGAGCCCCGCCCGGCGUCCGCCCGACGGGGAAGAGGAGAGGGUGGCGGUCACGAGCACGGGCCCCUCCCCUGGGUCAGGAAGCCCGCGUCCGGCCGGGGCCACAGCUGACCCCAGGCCCGGCGGAGGGGGUGGAGGGCGUGCAGGCUCGGGAAGGCGGCCCGGCGCUGCCCCGAACAGCGUGAGCCGCUGGGCUCUCUGGCACUCACGCGGCCGGGACGUGGACCUGGGGCGCCUUCCCCGGAGGUGCUGGGCCUUGGAGGCAGCGAGCAGACGCCAAGUGGAGCCCAUCCUUCCCAGAGGGAACAGCUCCGCCCGGCGAGGACCUGAAGCCCGCGCGCAUCGGGCACCUACUAGGGGGGGCCAAGCGAGGUUCUUUACUUCCAACAACCCUGCGCUUCCACGAGGGAGAAAAGGGCACAGAGAAGCCAAGCUACCCCUCCGAGGGCGGCCCCGGCUCCCUGCGCUCGGCCAUGGCCCCCCAGCCUCCGUGCAGGCUCCCGAGGUCGCUGCCGCCGUGGCUGCUGCUGCUGCUGUUGAGUGUGGCGCUGCUGGGCUCCCAGGCCCGAGCCGAGCCCGCCGCUGGGAGCGCCGUCCCCGCGCAGAGCCGCCCGUGCGUGGACUGCCACGCGUUCGAGUUCAUGCAGCGCGCCCUGCAGGAUCUUCGGAAGACGGCCUACAGCCUGGACUCGAGGGGCCUGAGGAUCCAGAAUCUCCUAGAGUCUGAGGCCAGGCUCCUGAGAGCAGCAGCCCCCAGCCCAUCCUGGGCCGGUGCUGGGGGCAGCCUGGGAAGGGGCAUGUGCACAGAAGGAGAGCGGGUGAGAAGUAGUCCAGGCGUGGGAUCGGCGUGUGCAGGGCCCAGGGCAGGACUGCGGUGCUGGCAGAAACCACAGAGUCUCCUUCCCUCCUGGAAGAGGGGAGUGGGGAGGAGAGGAGGCCCACCCAGUAGCAGAGGGUCUGACAAUCAGUGGUGGGGAGGCGGCGUGGGGGGGGGUGGCUCUGAGGUCUGGGGAGCUGGUGGAGAGGGUACCGUCUGUGGGUUUUUGGGGGGAAACGGGCAGAGUGCCCACGCGAGCUGGUGGGGGGCAGCAGUCGUACAAGUGCCCU